UUUGCUGAUGUCUGUAGUGUCGAUUAGAAUUGUGUGGGUGAUAUAUAUGAGGUCUGAGCUCCUCCGGAUACCUCAUCAUCAGUCCGUGGAAAAGCACUCCACCGAUAUUAUAGACGAGGAAGUGAGCGAGUUUAGUAUUAAUUUUCCUUUCCCCCUCUCCAUAAAAAUUAUCAAAAUAAUAACAGUAAAGGCGUGUAUGAUACUAGCCAGUAGUUAUUCACGUGGAAAAUUAUCUCCUUUGAUUAUUUGUGUGGAACGAUCAACAUGAAAGACAUAAACGCGCAGAUUCAGAAAGAUGGCUACGCCGUGCUGGAGAAUUUUUUCACCCCCGAAGAGGUAGAGGAGAUGAAGAAUUGUGGGGAGGAAUUCACGAACAACUUGCCACCGGAGAAUCAGCGGAGUAUCUUCAGUACGACUGAUACCCAACAGAGCAAGGAUCAGUAUUUCCUCGACAGCGCUCACAGAGUCAGUUAUUUUUUUGAAUGUGAGGCCCUCGAGGAGGAUGGAAAGUUAAAGGUCCAUCCGAGAGUGUCUUUGAAUAAGGUAGGACAUGCUCUUCACUGGCUUCAUCCGACGUUCAAAAGGCUGACUUUCGACGAGAGGAUAAAAGAGGCUGCGUUUCAGUUGAAUUUCCAGGAGCCCGCGGUCGCUCAGUCCAUGUACAUUUACAAAAAUCCCGGGUUGGGGUCACAAGUUAUUACCCAUCAGGAUGCUUCUUAUCUCCAUACAGAGCCAGUAAAGCUCGUGGGAUUUUGGAUAGCAUUGGACGAUGCGACUCUUGAUAACGGGUGCCUGUGGAUUGCCCCAGGAUCUCACAAGAGCGGUGUCCACCGGAGAUACAUCAGGAAUAAGGACACAACCGUCCAGGAGUUGCUCAUCUACGAUAAACCAGCGCCGUGUUAUCCCAUGAGCAACUUUCGUCCUGUGACGGUACGCAAGGGUACGUGCAUUCUCAUCGACGGUCAAGUUGUUCACUUCUCGAAAGCGAAUAAGAGUGAAAAUUCCCGACAUGCCUAUACUUUUCAUAUUAUUGAGACAACAAAUGUACGUUACUCCAAAGAAAAUUGGCUACAGCCACCACCAAGUGGAUUUCCACUUCUUUAUAGAAAUUAAAUGAAAAAUAAUUCAUUGAUGAUUUUGUAAUGUUAAUUACAGUCUAUUUUAUGCGGCUGUGAACUGAUUCUACGUAUUUGAACAUUGAAAUACACAGAAAUAUCCAUUUUUAUUAAGUAUUUUUAUUUCAAAGUAGAAAUGACAGAAUUAUUCAGGCCCUGAAAUUCGCAUUAGACAAUUUUUAAAAAUAUUGCAGACAAAUUACUUUAUGUUAUGUCCAGAAAAACAAAUCACCUGAAAAUGAUAGCAUUUGCUAAAUAUCUCUCCGUCACAGGCCUCCUUUGGAUUCUAUUAUUCCAUCUAAUAACCAAAUUGUGUCUGAUUUGCUGUAGAAAAUAUUUUAUUUGUAAACUUUGACACUUGUGAAACAUCAUGUGGAAAAUUCUUACGAAAUGAGAAAAUAAACAUUUGAUUUUUUCAAUAAACCACUGAAAUCGUC